CCGGCGUGGCGCGUGUGUGCGUAUCCAUCCAUCUCCCAGCUCGGGCCGACAAAAAGGCGACAGAGGGAGAUGGGCACAGCGUGGAGAGGAGAAAGAAGAGGGGGAACAGGAAGAAAGCCCUGAUACCCGAGCGCCGCCCAGCCUCGCCGGAGGGAGGUUUUGAUUGUGAUCGCAACCUUUCCGGUCUAAGCCAAUGUCUGACAGCAAUAUCCAACGAGCAUUACUAGCAGAUAACCCCAAUGCGCUCCAAAGAAAGCCGUCUGAGGGAGCUAAACGGUUUCGGCGAUGCAGGUCGGCUCCUAGAUCAGAGACCGCUGAAAAACCACGAGAAAAUGGCUCAUGGCUUCCAGCCAAGGAGUUGUUCAAGGAGAUGCGGCCGAGCUUCAGAAUGGUGGGUUUCCUCCUAUUGGCCUACCUACUAGUGGGUGUCGUCGUCUUUUACCUUGUCAUGGAUCAGAUAGCUGGCAAAAGAACCAACAGAGUGCUUGAUGCGCUCUACUUCUGUAUUGUCACAAUGACAUCGGUUGGUUAUGGAGACCUUGUCCCUAACAGUGACGCAACAAAGCUGCUCGCUAGUGCUUUUGUCUUCACCGGCAUGGGGGUCAUUGCUCUCUUUGUGAGCAAAGCAGCAGAUUACCUCGUUGAGAAGCAGGAGGUGUUGUUCUACAAAGCACUGCACAUGAAUAUGAAGUCAGGUGAGGCCAAAAUGAUCAGAAGAAUUGAGAUGAACAAGACAAAGUACAAAUUCUACACAACUGCUCUGCUUCUUGUGACGUCCAUUGUUGUGGGGACUGUUUUUCUGUGGAAGAUUGAGAAGCUGAGCCUAGUGGAUUCCUUUUAUUGUGUCUGUGCCACAAUCACUACCCUCGGUUAUGGGGAUAAAAGCUUCUCAUCCAAACUGGGGCGCACUUUCGCAGUAUUUUGGAUAAUCACAAGUACCAUAAUCCUGGCGCUGUUCUUCAUGUACCUUGCUGAGAUUUACACUGAGCGACGGCAGAAAAUGCUGGCCAAAUGGGUUCUCACAAGGAGGAUGACAACCAUGGAUCUUGAAGCAGCUGAUCUGGAUAACGAUCAACGAGUGGGUGCUGCUGAAUUUGUCGUGUACAAGCUCAAGGAACUGGGGAAGAUCAACCAAGAGGACAUAUCUUCUUUUCUAGAGGAGUUCAACAAACUCGACGUUGACCAGUCUGGCACGCUCUCCGCGUAUGACCUUACUAUGGCACAAUCCGGUCAGUGACAAACACAUGGGCUUGUACUUUACUUUACAGCUUGUAGCUAUAUGGCAGGGCAAUGUCUUAAUUGAUUAUGUAAUCUACUAAGUGUAAUUACGACGGUAUUGGACCCCUGCAUCUAACAUAACGGAAGGUCAUACGCACCUGAAUAUGUGUAAGAAACUGUCUUCGGUGAAGUUUUGCGAAGCUUAAAUACAUGUGUAUAUGAAGUUUGUUGAA